AUGGCGGUGGCUGUCCGUCCGAGCCUCCAGGAGCUUGCCAGGACGUGGAGAUCGGCUCGGAGCUUCGCAACGCGCGCUGAAGGGAGAAGCAAAGCUUCGGAGACACUCCGGCCAGUGGCGCGACUGAAAGAGGCCUUGCCGCGUCAGCUGGCCCUAAACAUGGGUCACCCGUGGAUAUAUGACGAUGAAGUGAGCAACAUCGGUGACUUGAACGGCAUCGAUGCUGGCACAUUGGUGGACAUCAUUGGUUCAGAUGGCGCGACGGAGUUGGGGGUGGGAGUGCUCAACAGGCAGGCCUCAAUCGUGCUCCGUCGGAUGGAAGGCCUGUCCCCCGGCAUGGAAGUGACGCAGGAGCUGCUCCAAGUUCGCUUGCGCAAAGCCUUUGCGGCACGUGAUCAACUUGGUGGAGUGAGCUUCUGCCGUGCUGUGCACGGGGAACAAGACGGGCUUCCAGGUGUCAUUGUCGACCGCUUUGGCAAGUCAGCUGUUGUGAUUUUCGAGUCGGUGGGAUCUGCAAAGCUGGAGUUGGUGGUUCAGGAGGAGCUCACCCGAUGGAUUGGAAAGCUUCAACAGUUGACGGUUCAUCGCAUGACCGCGAAGAAGGAGAAGUGGGCUCAGGAAGGUUCGGAGUUUACCACCAGCAUCACACGAGGCGACAGCUCAAAAGUGCGGGUAGAAGAAGGCGAAGGCAGCAGCCAGCUGUAUUUCGACAUCGAUGUUUUACAGGGAAUUUUGGUGGGCCACUGGAACUAUGGACUGGAAAAGAUGAGGAGAGAACUGACGGCAUGCUUCGGCCAAGGUACUGUUCUGGAUGCUUGGGCGCAGGCAGGACAAUGGGGUAUCAGGUGUGCAAAGGCUGGUGCAGAAGAGGUGGUGCUUCUAGAAGACACCCUCGGACUCGCCAAGCUUUGCCGGGAGAAUGCGAUCCUCAACAGUGUGGAAGAACAGUGCACGAUUCUUCAUCGUGGAGACGUGACAAGUGAACUUCGAAACAUGGCGACAAGCGGAAUACGAUUCAAUUGCGUGUCCCUCAAUAUCCGAGUACGUUUCGAGCGCUACUUCAAGCACCAACGGGGCCAAUUUGGCAAGUGGUACAAGCCAAGCCUCAAGGGAUAUGAGAGGGCAAUUACUCUGGGAGCCAUGGUGACUUCGCGAAGUGGAUAUUUGGUCGUGACCUUCCUUCUGCCAUUGACAACCGAGUACUGGGCCCUUUGUUUGGUGCAAGGUGCAUUGGAAAGGGCGUCUCGAGUUGGGAGCAUCAUUUACUGCUCCACGGGCAUCAACGAGGAUUCGGCCAUGCCCUCUUCAACCAUGGAUGAGUUCUGGACGCACGUGCUUAUCUGUGUGAAACUGUCUUGA